AUGUCCCACCACCACACCCACAAGAAAGCCAAGAAGGGUGAUGGCAGCCAUGAAUCGCACCACGAGGCUCACCAGCUGUUUCGCACUCACAAGUCGCACAACAGCUCCGUAGCCGGCCAUGUCAAGCCGCCGCACAAGGUGCCAGGCAUAGAGGUUGGGCCAGCCACCGGAGUCAUCUACAUCAUGGAUCGAGCCAUGGCCAAUGGAUAUUAUUAUGGCAACCCAGAAUGGUCCAAUCUCGGUCAGGGCGCUCCUGAAGUCGGCCAUAUCCCUGGCGCCACACCGAAGCCUACUUCUCUGAACUUCGAGGAAUUUGGCGAGGGCAUUCACGAGUACGCCCCUACUGCGGGUUACAAGCCGUUGCGCGAGGCGGUGGCCGACUACUACAACCGGGAGUUCAGGCAGGGCAACAAGAAGAAGUACGGUGCCGAGAACAUCUGUAUCGUACCAGGCGGGAGAGCCGGCCUCUCCCGCAUUGCCGCCUGCCUAGGCAAGAUCAACGUAGGCUACUCUGUUCCCGUAUACUCGGCCUACGAGAACACUCUCGGCGCCUUCAACUCAUUCGUCUCUAUUCCCAAUCAGACGGACGAAGUUCACGGGUACCGCGUGACACCGGAGCAGAUCGACAAGGAAGUAAAGGAUCGCGGUCUGUCGUGCUGGCUAAUGAGCAAUCCAAAUAACCCAACGGGCACAAUGAUGCGGGGAGAGGAGCUGCAGAGACUGGUCGAGGUGUUCAAGGGAAGGGGAGCAACGCUCAUUGCAGACGAGUUCUAUAGUUGGUAUGACCACGAGGGGCCGUUGGGUGGUGCCAUCUCUGCUGCUGAGUACGUCGAGGACCCCAAUGAGGACCCGAUCGUGCUGAUCGAUGGGUUGACGAAGAACUGGCGAUGUCCGGGCUGGCGCAUCUGCUGGGUCGUAGGUCCCAAGGAGCUCGUGAGCGCCCUGGCUGCCGCAGGUUCGUGGAGUGAAGGAGGGGCAAGCCAUCCCAUGCAAUGCCUCGCCCUGCAAAUGAUGACGGCCGACCGCUGCAAGCAGGACAGGCUCGCCCUACAGAAGCACUUCCGGAUGAAGAGGGAUCACUGCCUCAAGCGUCUGGCCUCAAUGGGGCUGGAGGUGAAAGUUCCUCCCCAGGCCACAUUCUACAUCUGGGUAUCGCUCGCCGAUCUUCCACCUCCCAUCAAUUCAGGUCUGACUUUCGCCGAGGAAGCAUUGAAGGAAAAAGUUUGCCUCACCCCUGGCAUCUUCUUCGACAUCAACCCGAGCAAAAGGCGCAACAUUGUAGACAGCCCGUGCGAGGCUUUCGUCAGGCUCAGCUUCGGCCCACCUCUAGAGGAACUAGAUCGUGGCCUUGAUGGGAUUGAGCGAUUGAUCAAGAAGGCGAAGAGUGGGCAUCCAGACGUUGGUACCAACUACAAGCCGCAUAAGGAGGACGAGCAUCACGACAAUGUGCAUGCGGCGCCAAGCUCGGGGUCGUAG